UAAUUAGCCGGCAAAUCGGUACGAGCCCACUCAUUUGGCUACUCGUGGACUCCAUUGCCGUGUCCACCCGCCCGCCUCGCUGAUCUCGAGCGCCUUCGCAGGAGACCUUGGCGUUGGAUUUGAGUCGAGGAAGACGAAGAUGGGGUUGUCUCUAUUCGAGGGUCUCACCAAAUCGCUUGCCAUGACUGUGCUAUCGGAGAUCGGCGACAAGACAUUCUUCGCUGCCGCGAUCUUAGCAAUGCGGCAUCCUCGCAAGAUUGUGUUAUCGGGAUGUUUAUCAGCCUUAAUUGUUAUGACCAUUUUGUCAGCCUCUCUUGGUUGGGCUGCACCUAAUCUGAUUUCUCGCAAAUGGUCACACCAUAUAACAACCAUACUGUUCUUUGGUUUCGGUUUUUGGUCGUUAUGGGAAGGUUUUACAGAAGAUGGUGAGGCUGAAGAAUUAGCAGAAGUAGAAGCUAAAUUGAGUGCCGAUUGGAAGGCUGAAGGAGAUAGCUCCAAAAGCAAUUUCAAGCAGAGUGAUGAUUUAAAGAAACAGCAGCGGCCAUUUCUAACCCAAUUCUUCUCCCCCAUCUUCCUAAAGGCAUUUUCCAUCACUUUUUUUGGUGAAUGGGGUGACAAGAGCCAGAUUGCUACAAUUGGAUUGGCCUCCGAUGCUAAUCCACUGGGUGUAGUUUUAGGUGGCAUUAUCGGGCAAGCAUUGUGCACGACAGCAGCAGUACUUGGAGGAAAGAGCUUGGCAUCACAGAUAUCGGAAAAAAUGGUUGCGCUCUCCAGUGGCGUACUUUUCUUAAUAUUUGGUCUCCAGUCCUUCCUAUCCGAAGCAGAAACAUCGUGAAAGAAAAGAACUUAAAAGUGCAUUUGAUGCCUCCUUACUGGACGAAGCAAAAGUACCCAUGGCAAAACACCCUGUUUCUCCUCUCUCAUCUAAACCCAGAAAAUCAAUUUAUUGGCUGCUGCCCAUUUUGGAAGCAGGAUGAACACUCUCUUUUAUACAUAUGGUCUUUUAAACAAAAAUCAUAUGUUUUAUCAAGGAUUCUCGUAAGAAAAAAAAACAAAAGCCAAAAUCAUGCAAGGAUGUUUUUAUUGCACUUAGAUUUUUUUUUUUUUAUGGUAUUGCUGGUGAGCACUUAUUUACUCUAAAAUCGAAGCUAUUUGUUCACUCUA